UCGCUUUUUAAGUCCCAUGCCGGCAUCCGUAACGAAACAGUAUCCCGGUGAUGACUGUAACUGUGACACCGGUUUCUUCUGACACUGAAUUCUUUUUAGCAGUUGCUGUCAGGAUGUUUCCGGAUUAUUAUUUGUAUUAUUGUUUACAUUUUAUUUAAUUUUUCGUAGCGUUUUACGGCGCUGAAUCUUAUACUUGUACUACACUCGUACUUCCGCCAGCUCCAGCUACUCCACGUAGCACGCUAGCUAGUAGCAACACAGCUGUUCUUCGAUCUGAUGCUAAUAAGUGGGUUUCGCUAAAAUGGAGACAGUGUACACUCAGGGUAUUUGGAUGGCCGAGCUGCUUCAGUCCGAAACGAGAAAUUAUGAAUCUUUCUGGCUGCUCGCUACUCAUAUGGGAGACCCAAAAGCGGCGUUUCUGCUCAUUUUCCCAACUGUUUUCUACGUGCACAGACGAACCGCCAUCGCCAUCCUCUGGGUGGCUGCGGUGUCGGAGUGGCUUAAUCUUGUUUUUAAAUGGGUGUUGUUUGGGGAAAGGCCGUACUGGUGGAUUGGCCAGUCGGGUUUAUAUGUGAAAAACAGCCCUUCAAUCCAGCAGUUCCAGUCCACCUGUGAGACAGGACCAGGGAGUCCCUCAGGCCACGCCAUGGUCACUGCUGCAGUUUGGUGGGUGGUGGUGUCGGCCCUGGCCUCUUUUCUUCAUUCUAGCUUUGGCAGUAAGAUACUCACUGCGAUGCCUUACAUUUUCUACACGCUGUUGCUGGGAGCAGUCGGUCUGUCUCGGGUCUUCAUUUUGGCUCAUUUUCCACACCAGGUCAUUGCUGGCAUUCUGACAGGCGUUGCGCUGGGAGUGUUUUUAAACCGCACAGUGCCAGAUCGUCGCCCCCUGCUGUUCUUCCUGUGCUCCAGCAUGGCUUUGCUGUUUGGAGCGCUGCUCAUGCAUGCUGGACUGAAGAUUGUUGGCAUCGACCUCACCUGGUCUGUUGCAUUGGCCAAAAGGUGGUGCUCUAAGUCUGAGUGGGUUCGCAUGGACACGAAUCCCUUCUCUUCUCUGAGUCGUGAUGCUGGUGCUUUACUCGGCCUGGGGCUUGCCCAGUUCUGGAAGCCAGGAGGAUGGGCACUACCCUGGGUAUCGAAGACCCUCUGCAUGGCAUUGUCCUCCAUGGCCCUGUACCAUGUGAGCCGGUUUCCGCUACCUACAGUUCCAGCCCUGCUCUUUUACUCACUCUUUUUCCUCAAGUAUGUCAUAGUGCCUCAGGUAGUGAUGGUGCUGAUACCUGGCCUGGUGCAUCUGCUCACAGCCAAGCCGAAAAAGGACUGAGAGGAUUAACCAGAUUGACUUUUAAUCCUGGGAUGAAGUCAAAAAUAGCCAUUGAGAAAAGUGUAUCAUUAAAUGGCUGUUCCAGGACUGUCAUAAUAGUUGUCAUAGGAUAUAAUACCACCUAAAAUGUACAGAUGACAGAGAAAAUGUUCGUCUUAUAACCAUUCUGUCUGUAUUCAGACUUUUAUUUUCCAUCCAUACAGUACAACUGAAGCAUUUCGAUUUACAAGUUCAUCUCACAGUUAGGAUGUACACUGGUAAUUUUACAGGUAUCAUUCCAUAUUGAGAAGAUCGACAGAUUUUCAUAUGACUGUCCUUUUUUUUCUCUUGUAUCAAUAUGUAUUUGCUUCUAUACCAAAAGUGUUUGGUUGUCCACCUUGAUGGGGUUUACAGGUUGAGUUUGUUUGUUGGAGCAAAUGAACUACUGGAUUUAUUUGGAUUUAAAACUAUGGGAACUUCAAUGGAGUGUUACAAACUAGAAGCCGUUUAUAAAAGAGCACACAAUGAACCGCUUCUGAAUUCCAUCGAAUGUUGCAGUCAAGUGAGACCAAAGCCAAACUUUUUCUGACAUGCAGAUGAAUAACAUCAUGUGCAAUAUAUCACUAUGAACUUUUGUGGAACAUUGGUGCUGUGGGGAUGUUUUUUGUUUUUUGUGGCCGUAAGGGUUGAUGAUGCUAUCAUUAAUUCUGGCAGUAAAUUUGUGUCCAAAAUCUGUUUAUCUGUUUGAAAAUAAGACUUGGCAAUAGAUGGAACAUUCAACAAUUCAAGUACUGUGUACAGAAUGCCAUUAUUGCUAUUUCAUACAUGUUUUUUGUUCAUGCUUCAAAAGUUGACUAAAAAUCUUCUAUUUUCCUGUUUUUUAAAAGAAUGAGCAUUUUUAACUGUGUUGUUCCACAAGAUUUUAGAAGGUGAGAGGACGCCUGAGGAAUGGAGAAGGAGUGUGCUGGUACCGAUCUUUAAGAAUAAGGGAGAUGUGCAGACCUGCAGUAACUACAGGGGAAUUAAGUUGAUCAGUCACACCAUGAAGUUAUAGGAAAGAGUAGUGAAUUGGGAAUUAAGGAUAUUAUUUAAUUGAGAAUUGAGCCACUUGAGAAUCAGGGGUGUGGAUAUGAACAUCACCAACAUAAGAAUACAAAGAUGCUUAAAAAAUGCAUUAAGGAGGAUCCAAUAUCCUUUACAAAUGUCUCAAUAGUACUGUACUACUUUUGAAUAGCAUUUAAAUAUUAAUUUUAUUUUCAUUUAAAAAACAUUUUAUAUUUUUUUUAUUUAUCUUACAAAUGAUGGCAGCAUCUGUAAGACUUAAGAUUGUAUACUAGAAAAUGGACACUAGGAGUGUUAUUACAAGGUAUAUCUGAAAAAGGUAAGUCAUUCUUCCCUCAGUUUGCCACUAUUCUUACGUCAAAUAUUUUCAGCAUUAGAGCUGAUGUUAUUGUCGGUGCAGUUUUAUCGCAACAGCUUGAUUGUUUCUUCAGGAUAGCUAGAAGGUACUGUUAAUCUCCCAAUUUAUUUAUCUGUGGCUGCUUUGUCUGCCUAUUCAUCUGCCGAAUUUCUUUUAACCAACCUUUAAUUUAACUUUGAAAUAUACAUAAAGAAGAGCUUGCAACAUAAAAGAUUCGCCUGCGCUAGGACUCAUUCAGUUUUUGUGGCAUUAUGUGUGAUAACAAUAAGGUGCUUAGGUAAGACAGUGCUUUCACAUGUACUGAUGCGACUAAAAAUAAACUGCCUCCCACUGGGUCCAUCUGGCUACUUGUACCGCUGAUCAUUGUUUACCAGCUGAAACAGUAAGCACCGAAUGAAAACCACAUGUUAAUGAUAAUGCUCAAUCCAAUGAAAUAAUUGCCCCUUCACCUGCUUGUUACCAUUCAAGCAUACCUCUAGCAAAGACCGUUUUUUUUUUGACUCAGUGCUUAAUCAUAAUCCAGUUGUAGACAACUCAUUGGGUAGACAUUUUUUGACUCAGUGCUCGAUCUGACUAAAUCACAAACAAUAUUCCAGUCAUUACACUAUGUUUAUUAGAUCUUAAAGUUCUUGAAGUGUUGCUUACUUUCUCAACAAAACUGUGAAGGAGAAAAAAUAUUCCAUUGUUGGAAUGAAUCAUUAAAGGAAAAAAACAAACAAAGAAACGUCUAGAAUUAAAUAAAGAAAUCCACCAUGUCCACUACCAAUAUCACACUGUCAAUUCACUAAUAAUUUUAAUAUGGUUGAGUACUGAAGUGUACAUAUAUAAAAGUAAAUGAAAGAUGAUAUUUAAUGCACACUUAAGUCAGCAGGUAUUCGUCCAGCUGUCCAGUCUAUACAGAGGAAUAUGACAAAGAUUGCAGACACAGUGUUGGUUAUGAAUCACAGAUUCCAGCAUGAUAAAAACACAUUCUGUUUUAUUGUAGUCAUAGAACUUUGUCACAGCGCUCUGAAAGCUCACAUUUACAGACAAGAGAACUCAGCGCGGCAAGCAAGUACAGUAAUACGAACUUAAAUGCAAUUUAAACUAACAAAAAAAAAGCCCAGUUCAACUCCUAAGAGGUCAGUAGUGUGUUCGCUAAUUAAUGAUUGGAUAAAAUGAAAGAUUGAAUGAAGUAUUUGGGCACCAGCUUCAUUUGAGAUAUACAUCAGGUACACUUCAGCGUGUGCACACAAGGGGUGGCUGAGGAUCUUGAACAUGCAUCUGUAUUUACAGCAAAAGAAUCUACACUGAUUAAACUAUUCCUUCCUAUAGAAACAGACCUUAGUAGUCCUUUGUUGCCCUUUUAUUUGAUGAAUCGUUUUGGCUUCUUGAGCUUUAUCAAUUAGUCCUGCAUGAGAAGUGGUGAAGGGUUAUGGGCAUAAAUAUUUGAAAUGCUUAGGCUUACUCAAGACAGAGGCUGUCUGAGUCCACUAUGGAGAAUGUGUCACAUAGACAGUUUAAACACUGCACGCUGGCUAUAUUGCAUUCUACUGCAAAGAGCGUUAAUGAAAACUUGUCUUCAACUGUUCUUAGAGUUUCGGAUUUCAUAGUAAAAAUCUUCUGGUUUCCGAAUGCUACCAAACCUUGGACACCUGUCUUUCUGUUCCCCAUGCUUGAUAUUUGCUUUAUUUAUUCAUCUCGACAUACUGGACCCUGUUGUUCCUUUGUCUCGUAGCCGUUAGCCAUAACCCUGCAACAAGUGAAGAAUUCGCUAUAGAGAAAUAGUUAUGAAUUGGUUACGCAUAAACACAUUUGGCCAGUAUAUACAGCACAUACAGUGCGCUCUAUAAAGGCUAUUAUAUACAUGUUUUCAUAGCUUUUUAAAAACAUAUGUUUCACUCUUUUUACUGCUUAGUCUUUAGCUUUGUAAAAGAAAAAGAAAACAGAUUGCACCAAUAACAAGGACUGCUAUUUCGAUUUUCUAGUAGGACAAUUAAUUCACAAAUAAUAGUCCAGUGUUCACUCUAAGUUUGUUAGUAGCUUUGAAAUCCAAAUGAACCAUUUCCCAUGCCUUACUGUAUGAGUUCCCAUCGUCAGAAUAAAAUUAAUAAAGUGCUUUUUUUUUCUUCAGAGCUUUCAUGGGCAUACAGUGCAGCGAAAAAAAAACAAAUAUCGUCACUGAAAUGUUAAAACAAAGAUACUAUAGCUAAAUAUACUAAUGCUUUUUAUAUUUUAGAACAAUACUGUAACUGUUCAAACUGUUU